UCAAUAUCAAGUAUAUUGUGAAUAUGAAAUGCGUAAAAAGUUACCCCCGGGUCCUAUUGGGCUACCAUUUGUCGGUUAUUUACCCUUUCUUAAGGGCGAGCCCUCCAAAGAGUUCGUACAAAUAGCCAAAAAAUAUGGACCAGUUUUUGGCAUUCAAUUGGGUUCGUGUCCAGUAGUGGUACUAAACGACUGGCCGUCAAUCAAAGAGGCCUUAACUCACGAAUCGGCAUUAGCCCGGCCUAAGGAUAGUUUACUAACCGCUUUACUUCCACCGGGAUUCACAACAAUGAGUGGUGACGUAUGGAAAGCUCAGCGACGGUUCGCUUCGCGUCAAUUGAGAAAUGUCGGGUUCGGGCGGACAUCGAUGGCCGACCACAUCAUCGAUGAGAUCAAUCACUUGUCCAAAGAGAUCGACACCAGCGUUGGCCAGGCGUGCGAUUUGCAGACACUUUUGCCGAUUAGUGUCUCAAACAAUAUAAAUUCGCUGACAUUCGGGCGACGUUUCGAUUAUACGGACACCAGAAAGAAGAUGUUCGACGAGUUCUUAAAGCCCGACCCGAACUUCAAUUUGGCGGGAAUUUUGCAAUUUUUCCCCAAAUUGGGCGCAUUUGUGGUCACAAACAUGAGAUUUCUAUUGCCAUCGUCUCUGAGAACCUGUAAAGUAAUAGUCGAAGAGAUCCGCAAAAUUAUCAAGACUGAAUACGUUAAUCACAAACAAACACUUGAUCAAAAUAAUCACCGUGAUUAUUUCGACGCGUUUAUUACCGAAAUGCAAAAGUCGUCGAAUGGAGAGAAUACUACUUUUAAUUAUGAAAUGUUAGAAGGGAAUACCAUACUGCUAUUUGGGGCCGGUUCUGGUACAGUGUUGAUUACCCUGGAGUGGUCGCUCUUGAUUUUAGCCGCUUAUCCAACAAUACAACAACAGAUUCACAAAGAGAUCGAUGAAGUGAUUGGCAGAGAAAGGAGUCCUAACUUAGCGGACAGAAACUAAAUGCCAUUUUUGCAGGCAUUCAUGUAUGAAGUUUGGAGAUUUAGGACAGUCACAGCGCUUAAUCUACCACGAUAUGCGUCUAAAGAUAUGGUAAUCUCAGGAUUCAAAAUACCAAAAGACACUCACAUUAUGGCCAACUUCUGGGCCAUUGAUAACGACCCAAACCUAUGGGAAAAUCCAUCGGAAUUCAGACCCCAAAGGUUUCUCAGCGAAGAUCUCAAGACAUUCAAAAAACUCGAGCAUUUGAUCCCAUUUUCCUACGGGAAGAGGUCGUGUCCGGGAGAGGGCUUAGGAGUUGUCGAAGUGUUUCUAUACCUGAGUUCUUUGCUUCAGAAAUACGACAUCAAAGCUAACCAUAAAACCGAUCAAAAGCUUGAAUACGAGUUUCAUUUCUCAAUCACUGCUAAACACAAUCCUGUUUUCAAUAUCACUAAAAGAGU